AUGACGAUAACGAUCUUGGGGGUCGUUUUACCCUUGCAUUUUAUGGAGACGAGCCGUGUAGCGGUUCCACAUGCGUCGUUAUUAGCAUUUUGGCCGUUGUUAACGAUUUUGCAGGCGAUGCUCUUGUUCCAAGAAUCGUAUACCGGAUGGCCAGUAUUUACUGACGAGUCGUCUCCAACGAUAGCAUUAUUGAUGCUUGUUAACUCACUAAGCAUUAUCGUAAUGGAGGCAUGUAGGACUUAUUGGAAGCCUACACAUGAGUUGAUAUUUUUCCACAAGAAGAACGAAACGAACGAGUUGGAACUUCCUCAUCUUUACGAAAAGGUUACGUUCAGUUGGAUGAACGAUAUAAUUAUGAAUGCGUACGAGAAUCAAACAAUCACACAAGUUGAUUUGCCAAAUUCGCCCACCAAACUAUCGUCGGCUGUGGCAACGGCCAGGUUAUCGAAAUAUUGGAAUGCACAAAACAGCUCCUUGGUACUACCAUUAAUAAGAGCAUUUGGCCCUCUUGCAUUGGUUGCAUUUGUUUAUGAAAUGAGUGACCGGGUGUUGAAUUUCGUGCAACCGCAGUUAUUGAGACUAUUAAUCCAAUUCUUUAACGAAAAGACUGACGAUCCAGAACAACCAUUAAUGAAGGGAAUUCUCAUUUCUAUUCUGAUGUUCUUGGUGACAAUUUUGCAAACAACGUUGUAUAAUCAAUAUCUUAUAAAGAUAUUGAGUGUCGGCUUGGGUUGUCGAUCCUCGUUGACUUCAUUAAUAUAUCAAAAAGGGUUGAGAUUAUCUAUGGAAGCCAAAUCGCAAACAUCUACAGGGGAUAUAGUUAAUUUGAUGUCGGUUGAUAUUAAUAGAAUCCAAGAUGUGUCGCAAAAUUUAAGUACCCUAGUUCUAGCACCAAUGGAAUUAGUAUUGUGUGUUAUUUCCUUAUGGUCCUUAUUGGGUAAGUCUACUCUUUCUGGUGUAUUUACAAUGUUACUAUUGAUUCCAUUAAAUACCAUUAUCGUGAAGUAUAUUCGGAGUAUGAAUAAAACUCAAAUGAAAUUAAAAGAUAACAGAAGUAGGAUCAUCAACGAAAUUUUGUCAUCAAUUAAAAGCAUUAAACUCUAUGCAUGGGAAGUUCCAAUGUUAUCAAAAUUAUUUCAUAGCAGAAAUGAUGAAGAACUUAAAAAUUUGAAAAAGAUAAGGCUAGUAAGUCAGUGUGCAAAUUUGAUAUGGAACAUAAUUCCGUUCUUAGUCUCAUUUGCAACCUUCGCUACCUUUGCAAUUGGCCAGUCGAAACCUUUGACGUCAGAUCUUGUCUUUCCAGCAUUAGCGUUAUUAAACUUAUUGUCAAGUCCAUUGCUUGCACUUCCGAUGGUCAUUAAUUCAAUAGUUGAGGCUUCUGUUGCCAUUGAGAGAAUUAAAUCAUUUUUAUUAUCCUCAGAGUUAGAUGAAGAUCUUGUCGUUAAUUUACCACGAAGAAACCACUUAGGUGAAGAAACAGUUAGAAUCGAAAAAGCUUCGUUUUUAUGGGAAAAACCAAAAAUGCUAGAAGACGAUAACUCUACAUCUAACCUUAAAUAUGCAUUGAAAGAUAUUAACUUUACAGCUAAGAAAGGUGAACUAUCCUGCGUUGUUGGUAAGGUAGGAAGCGGUAAAACUUCGUUUUUAUCCGCUCUAUUGGGCCAACUAGAUGCUAUUCACAACACAGAUAAAACCAAAUCUCCUUUGAUCGGUUUAAGUGGUACAGUGGCUUACUGUUCACAAUCGCCCUGGAUUAUGAAUGCGUCAGUAAAAGAAAAUGUUACAUUUGGAUGCAGGUUUGAUGAAGAAUUUUAUCAGAAAGCUAUUGAAGCAUGUCAGUUAUUGCCUGACUUAGAGAUAUUACCGGAUGGAGAUGAGACUCAAGUCGGUGAAAAAGGAAUUUCUUUAUCAGGAGGGCAAAAAGCCAGAUUAGCCUUGGCAAGAGCAGUAUAUGCGAGAGCAGAUAUUUAUUUAUUUGAUGAUAUCCUUUCUGCAGUUGACAGUCAUGUUGGUAAAAAGAUUAUUAACAAAGUUUUGGCUAAACCAUCCGGGUUGUUAGCUACGAAAACAAUUAUCCUUUCUACGAAUUCAAUCCCAGUUUUACAUUAUUCUAAUUAUAUUCAUUUACUUGAAAACGGUAAAAUGAUUGAGCAUGGAACUUUUGAGGAAGCACAAAACAGAGAUAAAAACCCUAAGUUAUUUGAACUUAUUAAAGAAUUUGGUAACGUCAAUGACUCAGAAUCUAAUUCUGAAAUAUCAAGUCAAGUAGAUAGUGAUAGAGUAGGCGAGUCUAAAGACUCUUCUACAAUUGUGAAUGAUGAUAUCGAGAGCGACAAGGGAACUGAUGACUCUAUUCUUGAUUUACAGCGGAUAAUAAGUCACGAAAGUAUAAGUGCUGCAAGUAUUGCUACAUUUUAUUGGAACCCGUUGGCAAAAAUAUUGCCUAAUAUACGUACGGCACAAACAAAUGAGGUUUCAGCAAAAGGAAAGGUUAAAUGGGAUGUUUACUUUAAAUACGCAAAAUCUUGUUCACUUGUUGGAGUUAUAGGAUGGAUAUUUUUGCUUAUAGCUGCAUCUAUUGCCUCGAUAUCCGCAAACUAUUGGUUAAAAUAUUGGGCAGAACAGAACUCUAAGUCAGGUAGAAAUGCAAAUGCAUGGCAGUUUAUUGGAGUAUAUGCGAUAUUCGGACUAACUGCAAGUUUGUUGACCUUUAUAAGAGGUGCAGUUAUUUGGACAUACUUGGCUAUAAGUUCUUCUAAGUUUAUUCAUGACCUGAUGGCAAAAAGGGUUUUGAAGGCACCAAUGUCAUUUUUUGAGAGAACACCAAUUGGUAGAAUUAUGAAUAGAUUUACGAAUGAUAUCAACAGAGUAGAUGAUACGUUGCCUAGAGUAUUCAAUGCAUUUUUUUCGUCAUCAGUGAGGACAAUAUUCACCUUGGGAAUUGUUGGCUAUGCAAUGCCAUUGUUCCUGAUUAUAAUUGUGAUAUUGAUUUUAAUUUAUGGAUACUAUCAGAGGUUUUAUGUUGCUAUCUCGAGAGAAUUAAAAAGAUUGGUAUCAGUUUCUCGUUCACCAAUAUAUGCCCAUUUGCAAGAGAGUCUCAACGGUGUUGAUACAAUUAGAGCUUAUAGGCAAGUUGAAAGAUUUCAAUUCAUUAAUAAUGCCAAUAUUGAUUUUAACUUAAAAAGUUUAUACAUGUUAAGAUCAAUAAAUAGAUGGUUAUCCACACGCUUGCAAUUUAUUGGAUCCAUAGUUAUUGUUUCUGCAUCACUGUUGUCGAUUUAUAGCUUGACUACAUCGAAGCCAUUGAGCGCUGGUAUGGCCGGUUUUGUUAUGAGUUAUGCAUUACAAGUGACAGACUCCUUGAAUUGGGUCGUUCGUAUGUCGGCUGAAGUUGAAUCAAAUAUUGUUUCAGUAGAAAGAUGCUUAGAAUAUUGCGAAUUAUCUACAGAAGAAAAUGAAGAUCGUCUUUUCAUCAAACCACCAGCAAAAUGGCCCGUUGAUGGAUCUGUUAGUUUCAAAAAUUAUUCUACCAGGUAUAGAGCUAACUUGGAUUUAAUAUUGAAAGAUAUUACUUUGGAUAUUAAACCCAACGAGAAGAUUGGUAUAGUAGGAAGAACCGGUGCUGGUAAGAGUUCUUUAGCGCUAGCAAUCUUCAGAAUCAUUGAACCUACUUCCGGAUUUAUUUCUAUUGAUGGAAGAAACACUAGUGAUUUAGCAUUAUAUGACUUGAGAAGUAGUUUAAGUAUUAUUCCUCAAGAUUCGCAAGCCUUUGAAGGUACUAUCAGACAAAAUUUGGAUCCUUUAGGAAAGCACAACGAUAAAGAAAUAUGGGAAGCCUUAGAGUUAGCCCAUUUGAACAAGCACGUUUUACAAUUGGAUGGUAAUGAUGGCGACAAAUUGAGUUGUAAAGUAUCAGAAGGCGGCUCAAACUUUUCUUCGGGCCAGAGACAAUUAAUGUGCUUGGCCAGAGCGCUAUUAAACACUUCAAAAAUAUUAAUUCUAGAUGAAGCUACUGCUGCAGUAGAUGUCCAGACCGAUAAGAUUAUUCAAGAAACCAUUAGGAAAUAUUUUAAAGAUAAGACAAUUAUCACUAUUGCGCAUAGACUAGAUACAGUUAUGGAUAGUGAUAGAAUUUUAGCAUUGGAUCAAGGUAGAGUAAAGGAAUUUGAUACUCCUUCGAAUCUUUUACAAAACCCGGAUAGUGUAUUUUAUAGUUUGUGCAAGCAAAGCGGCUCAGUGUAG